CUGCGCCGCGCCCCCGUCUCUGCUGCUGAUACUGGGACCCGGUGUCUGUCUGUCUCGGUCUGUCUGCAGCGACCACACACCUGCUAUUAGAAAGAGUGGGCAAGGAUAGAUUAACCGACACGACAGCCCCAUUUAGGCUGGUGUUUCUAACUUUAACAACUAGGCACGGCGCUUAUGAAGUAAAACUGGCCCUCAGCCAGCGUUGAACGUGGAACUAUCACAGCUAACGUUAACUAGCUAGCAGAUGAAGUUAGCAUCUAGCUAACGUUUAGUGCUACUAGUGAUGGCUCUUGUUUUAAAAUUAAUCUGUUGGCCGAUAUGUUGUAGCUAACGUUACUUCAGCGAGGAUUCAUUUGAAAUUCACAUAUAUGACGUUAGUGCACAGAUCAUAAUGCUAGUUAUCGUGCUAAGCAAGUGUAAGCAGCGUUAACGUCUUAUUUAAAAUAACUAACAGCGUUAUUUAACUUAACUUAGCUAUGCUAUGUUAAUGUUAGCAAACUAGCUAACGUUAUAGUGCCGCCACUCUUUUUUUAUGACAGUUUUGUUCAUUGUAUUGUGAAUGAGAGAGGGAUAACUUAAUUUAGGAAAGUCUGAGGCCCAGUCCGUAUAGAAUGUAACUACAGUUAUUAUAUUUUACCUGUUUUGCUAUUGAACUUGUUUAACCAACCGUUUGUACAGGAAGUAAACUUUAUGCAAAUCACAGGCCGGAGAAAAGUGUCACUGAAGCCCACCUCAUAGUUUAAACACAAGUGAGCAUGGCUCCUAAAAAGAGACCAGUGCCUUUAACCAUUGCUCCUGCUGGCGAUGGGUUGUCGACCUCCACCAUCACUGAUGUUUCAUCUGAGGCCAAUUUAGAGGCACUUAAAAGAAUAAUGGAAGAGUUGGACCUGGAUGAACAACAGAAGAAAAGGUUAGAAGCUUUCCUUACCCAGAAGGCCAAGGUGGGCGAGUUGAGGGAAGAGGACUUCCAUCGGGUCAGUGAGCUGGGGGCAGGCAAUGGAGGAGUUGUCAACAAGGAAUGCCACAAAUCUUCAGGAAUAAUCAUGGCCAGAAAACUAAUUCAUCUUGAAAUUAAACCUGCUAUCAGAAACCAGAUCAUCCGAGAGCUUCAGGUGCUGCAUGAGUGUAACUCUCCCUACAUUGUGGGUUUCUAUGGAGCGUUUUACAACGAUGGAGAGAUCAGCAUCUGCAUGGAACACAUGGAUGGUGGUUCUCUGGACCAGGUGCUUAAAGAAGCAAAAAGGAUCCCUGAAGAGAUUCUGGGCAAAGUCAGCAUUGCUGUUUUGAGAGGCCUUGCAUACCUACGAGAAAAACAUCAAAUCAUGCAUAGAGAUGUGAAGCCUUCAAACAUCCUGGUGAACUCACGUGGAGAGAUCAAGUUGUGUGACUUUGGUGUAAGCGGGCAGCUCAUAGACUCCAUGGCCAAUUCCUUUGUUGGGACAAGAUCCUACAUGUCGCCUGAGAGAUUGCAGGGAACCCACUAUUCUGUGCAGUCAGAUGUGUGGAGCAUGGGACUGUCCCUUGUAGAGCUUUCAAUUGGACGCUUCCCCAUCCCUCCUCCAGAUGCCAAAGAACUGGAGGCCAUAUUUGGUCGUGCCAUCUUGGAUGGUAGUCAGGGAGACACGCACUGCACCUCACCAAGACCUAGACCACCGGGUAGACCUGUCAGCGGUCAUGGUCCUGCAAUGGCAAUCUUUGAACUACUAGACUACAUAGUAAAUGAGCCUCCUCCCAAACUACCACAUGGCGUCUUUACCUCUGAUUUCCAGGACUUUGUGACAAAGUGUCUCAUCAAAAAUCCAGCAGACAGGGCUGACUUGAAAAUGUUGAUGAACCACAUGUUUAUCAAGCGGGCUGAGGUGGAGGAGGUAGACUUUGCUGGUUGGCUUUGUAAAACCAUGGGGCUGAACCAACCUAGCACUCCCACGCGCAAUGCAGAAUGAACACACACACACACACACACACACACACACACACACACACACACAUCGUGCGCACAGUAUAUACAUGUAAAAAAACAUGGAGAAGCUGCUGCCUAAAACCUGACGCCCACAUACACACCUUGUUUGCCACGUUGUCUGUCAGGUGAAUCUGAAGUUUCCAUCUAUCAAAUAAUGAACUAUACUGACGUGAGCCAGGAAGAAUGCUGUAUCUUCAGCCCGAGUGUGUCAAUUAUUACAAUCAUGUUUAUGCAUCUGUACAUGUGUACAGCAAGAUACGUAUAAGACCUUGUUUUUAUAUGUGUUAGGCAAACACAUUUAGAAAUGUAAGAAUAUUUUCCUAAACAGGUCAGGCUAUGUGUGUUUGUUAGCAAGAGAUGAUUGAGGCUGGGAUUGUUUUUGCAUUUGGUGACCGAUUUCUACAAAUUUUGUCUUGAGGAGACGCACAAUGUUUAGAACAUUUAAGCAUAACUCUCAUGUCAACGCCAAAAAUAAAAAAGAUUUACAAACUUUAAUGCACCCUUUGCUCCCUCUGUAUGUCGGGGUUGUUACGGUAAACUCUCAGCUUCUUGUGGUACACUGGGACAGAAGGCCUUUUAAACAUACUAGAGAUUCAUCCCUGGAUGGUAUCUGCUGUAACAAGACUGCUUUUAUCUCUCCAGCAAGCUGCAUCGUGACUCAGUGAGCAGCCUCAGUGGGAAGAAAAUAGUUAUUUCUUUGUAUUGGCUGUAAAGUAAACAACAGGACAUGGAUUUGCCAUUGAAGUGCAUCCUGUGUUCCGGCAGGAUUAGGGCAUUUAGCUCCUUUUGUUCUAUUUGUGUACUUCCCUCUUAAAGAUAUAGGUUUGUUUUUUUAUAGAAAUCAUUGAAAGCUUUGUCUUGAUAAAGUCAGAAUUGUCAAUAAAUUGUAUUUAUUGUUA